AAGGCGCGCGAAGUAAGUGGAUGAGGCGAGCGUCUUCCGCGCGUUUUGAGCGGGCGUGAUGGCGGAGGGUGGCAUUGUGGCGGAGCUGCCUUUGGCAAGCCAGUGUUGGCGACUGAAGAGCUACGGACGCUGGCUACCUGGGCAGGCAGGAGAGAAGUCGUGGAAGAUGAUUGAAUCAAGUGAUGACCUUGGAGCACUAUCACUAACUAUAGUCCAGUCUGGGCAUUUCCUUGUAUGUCAGGGACAUACUCUAUUGGAAGGAUUUUCACUGAUUGAUGCUCCUUGCUUCCUGAAAGUGAUGCCAAAGUCUGACCAUCUCCUGUUCUCUGUGAAAAUUAAGAAUGAGCGUCGCAUGUUUCGCGUACAGCUUGAUGGAGCUAAUCUUCAGGAGGCUGUGGAGUUCAGCAGGGAUGUUUGCUUCAGGUUGCAACAAUAUAUGGAUAUGGGUGUUAACACCAAGAUGCAAAAUGCUGAAGAGGUUAUAACUGGAUCAGAGGAAAAGGACCUGCAGGGAAGGCUGCCCAUUCGGUGUCUGGCACAGUCUUUCCUAGAAGGGGUGAAAUUGUCACUUCCAUUGGCCUACCAGCAUUCCACACUGCAAGCAGAAGACCUAGGGGCUUUCCUUCGUCUGUGUCUAUUGGACCACCGCUUCCCAGCAUUCGUGGAGCAGGUAGAAAGUGAAUUGCAGAAAAUAGUACACGACUGACUCUGCUUCAGCUUUUUGUUGUAAGAUGUCCUCAGCAGAAUGUAAAAUGUUUUCAAGGGCAGAUAGUGGACAUUUACGGCAAAAUGCACAGAGGUGUGCAGGUGAUGUAUAACCCUAUUGAUAUUCAUUCCC